AUGCAGCCUGCCCCUGCUACUUAUGACGAUGUAUUCAAAUCCAUGUUUGACUACAUUGACCAUCUCUUCUCGCUGGUUCGCCCAAGAAAGCUCCUUUAUAUGGCAAUUGAUGGGGUGGCUCCAAGAGCUAAAAUGAACCAGCAACGAACUCGGCGUUUCAGGGCUGCUAAAGAUGCUGCCGAAGCGGAAGCUGAAGAGGAAAGAUUGAGGAAAGAGUUUGAGAUUGAGCGCAGUAAUUUGUUACCCAAAGAAAAACCUGAAACAUCUGAUUCAAAUGUCAUUACCCCUGGAACUCCAUUUAUGGCUGUGCUAUCAGUAGCCCUUCAGUAUUAUAUACAGGCUAGGUUGAACCGAAAUUCUGGCUGGCAGUUUACAAAGGUUAUUCUUUCUGACUCAAAUGUUCCUGGUGAGGGGGAGCACAAAAUCAUGUCCUACAUUCGAUUGCAACGGAACCUUGCUGGUUUUAAUCCAAACACUCGACAUUGUCUCUAUGGUCUGGAUGCAGAUCUUAUAAUGCUGUCUCUAGCUACACAUGAGGUUCACUUUUCAAUAUUAAGGGAGGUGAUCACACUCCCUGGGCAACAGGAAAAAUGUUUUCUCUGUGGUCAAGUUGGUCAUCUGGCAGCUGAGUGUCGUGGUGGCGUUCAUGCAGGAAAUGCAAAUUCAAAAGUGGUGGAUGACAUCCCGAUUCAUAAGAAGAAAUAUCAGUUUCUCAACAUCUGGGUGUUGCGAGAAUAUUUGCAAUAUGAACUGGAGAUUCCCAACCCUCCCUUUAAGAUUAACUUUGAAAGGGUGGUGGAUGACUUUGUGUUUCUAUGUUUCUUUGUUGGCAAUGACUUUCUUCCACAUAUGCCUAUGCUAGAAAUUCGGGAGGGUGCUUUAAAUCUGCUGAUGAGUAUUUAUAGAAGGGAGUUUGCUGCAUUGGGUGGUUAUCUUACGGAUGCGGGUGAGGGUUUAGGAUACAGGCUGGACAAGCUUUCUUUUUCAGGAUGUGGGUCGGGGCUGGUUCAAACCUGGGUCAGGGUUUCACUAGAUAGAGUAGAACAGUUUAUUCAGGCAGUUGCCGUUUAUGAAGACCAAAUAUUUCAAAAGCGCGCCCGUGUACAACAGAUGGUGCAGCAUAAGGCCACAUAUAGUAGUGCUUCUGUUAUUGGAGAUUGUGCGCAGGAGAACAAUGAAGAUAUUAAGCUUAAAUCAAGAAGAGAGGGAUGUGAAGAGCCACUGGCUCCAAUUGUGGACAAGGUGAAAUUAGGAGAGCCUGGAUACAAAGAAAGGUAUUAUUCUGAGAAAUUUGGUUUAUCAAACCCGAAGGAUAUUGAUAGAGUGAGGAAAGAUACAGUGUUGAAGUAUGUAGAAGGAUUAUGUUGGGUUUGCUGGUAUUACUACCAAGGUGUAUGCUCUUGGCUAUGGUAUUACCCAUAUCAUUAUGCUCCAUUUGCUUCUGAUUUCAUAGAUUUAGUGGAUUUGGAAAUAACUUUUUUCCCUGGAGAGCCAUUUAAACCAUUUGAUCAGCUCAUGGGAACCCUGCCUGCUGCAAGUGCAAGUGCUCUGCCUGAAAAAUACAGAAGUUUAAUGACUGAUCCCUUGUCACCUAUUUCUGAAUUCUAUCCUUCUGAUUUUGAAAUUGACAUGAACGGGAAGCGUUUUGCAUGGCAGGGUGUUGCAAAAUUGCCAUUCAUUGAUGAGAAGAAAUUGCUUGCUGAAACAAGGAAGCUUGAAGACACUUUAACGGUGGAAGAGCAAGUACGGAACAGUGAGAUGGGCAAUUUGCUCUAUGUCCAUUCUCUUCAUCCAUUGGCUGCACAAAUUUCCUUCUGCUACCAUCAUUAUGAUCGAAUGCCCCCCAACCAAAAUCUUUUAUGGCCAAUUAAACCAAGUGCUAGUGGUGGAAUGAAUGGAUUCCUUUGGUUAUGUGGGAGGAAUGGGCAGAGAAUGGUAAUUCCUUCCCCAAUCAGUGGAUUGCAAGACAUUAGGGCUAACCGAAUUUUAAAUGUUACCUUUGUGAAUCCUCCACUUCAUAAUCACAUUCCACAGCCUCCUGAUGGAGUAGUUAUGCCUAAAAAGGUUUUAAGGCCGUCUGACAUAAAACCCUUCCCCCUGUUGUGGCAUGAAGACAAUGGUGGUCGGCGCCAUCAAGGCAGAGAUAGGCGACAAGUACCUGGUGCAAUAUCUGGGCCCAUGUUGGGAGAAGCAGCGCAUCGUCUGCUCAAGAACACACUGAAUAUCAAAACCAGUCAGACAUCUUACAGAUUGGUGGAGCAAACAUCUCGAAAUGCACAAGGCAACCAUGUAAUAAAUAGGACAAGGCCAGCUGGAUCAUCUGGUUACGAAAAGAGCUUUUGUGAGGAUCAAAGUUACUUAUGUGGAUAUGACAACCCUCGAGGCAUAAUGCGUAGCCCUAGAUUUGCCAUCUCCCCAUAUGAGUUACAAAGCAACAGGCAGAAUUUCAAGGCACAAGAUAGAUAUCUACAUCAAGAACAACAUCACAAGUUAAGGAAUGGAAUGUCUGCUUUGACACUAGAAUCUGGUGUUAGAACCCGGCCACAUGCAGCAUUGUCUCCAAGGAUGCCAAACUCAGGACCAUUACCGAACAUGAAUCACCAGUUUGAUCAGAACAUUCGUACCCCUCCACCCCCGCCUUCUGAGUGGAUCAAUAAGCCUGCAGCUGCAUAUAAUGGGAUAUAUUUUAGACAAGUAGAAACUUCAUCAGCUGUAGGGAAUGAGAAGCAAGUAAAGAUGGUUUAUCAGGUUAAGAGUCGAUCACCCAACUUAUCUCACCCUGAACCUCAGGGUUGAUGUGGUCGAAGUUGACUUGGAUUUGUUUUCACUUUGGGGUUGCCUAAUAUUACCUGUACAAUUGGAGCUAGGUUCACCCAAGUGUUAGGGACCAAUACACAGCUGCAUCUGUCAAUUUGGCACUGACAAGAAGCUCCUGAUAACAUCUAAUGGUUGCUGUUGGAACAACUUCUAAUUGUUACAGCAGUUGAGCGACUACCUUAAUUGGAGAUCAGCAUUUUUAUGGUGCCGGCUUCACAUAGGGUCCACUUGUAUGUUGUAUCAGUAGGGCACAUGUAUGCUAUAUGUCAGGGCAUUCUUUCUCUUUUCAUUUUAUUUUGGGUUCAGGGAAAUAGGUUGUACUGAUUGGAUGGAGAAAAGGUGGAGACUCUCAUUCCAGCGUUCCUCUUCUACUUCAUUAUUUGUUUUGUCGUGGAAGGGGACUGUAGAGUAAACAUGUUCGAGCAGGCUUAGGGGAAGGUGUAGCAUUGCCCUUUUUUCUUCCUUUUUUUUUUUUUUU